AAAAAAAAGCUGUCAAACAAAUAGGGGAAUACCAAGAAUAUAAAUAGUGAAUAUUGCUAUUAAAUAAAACAGCGGUCUCUAAAUUAAAUUACUUUUAUCGUUGUUAUUAUACAUGAGUAUUACUAAGAUCUAAGAAGAAAUGAUGAAUCUUUCCGAUCCGUCGGCCGACGACGACUCCAGCAGCGACGAAAGCCCCAAGGCCUCAAUACCAGCGAAACGACCUCGAUCUGAUACUUACGGCGCCUCCUCCACGACUUCCCACGGUUCCGUUUUACUAGAAUCGGAUGAGGAGCAACCAGAAACACCCGUGGAAAGAUCAAAUAACUUCAACUUUAGAAAACAAAGUACAGAUGGAAACCUUAGACUAAGUCGGAGCAGUUCAUCACCUACUGAUCAGUUCGAUGAUAUCCGACCCAGCUUCGACGGCAACGACACUGAUAAUGGAGAGAGCUCAAUGCGGCCUAGCUUUCAAAAUUCCACAUCUUACACUCAGUUUAAAGAAAUGGAGAGUGCAUUCGCUGGAGGUUAUUCUGAGAAAUCGAAACGGAUUAUGUCUAACAUGGGUUUUAAGCUAGGGAAAGGUCUUGGUAAAUAUGAGCAUGGACGCAUUGAGCCUGUUGAAGCAUCUACACAGAAAGGUCGGAGAGGUUUGGGGUUAAAACCAUCUACAGUUGGAGAAGUACCUAGAGAUUUUACGUGGAGUCCAGAUGAAUCUAAACCUGAGGCAAAAGAAGAAGUGCUGUGGAUGCCACCACCACCAGAUGACACAUUGUCUGGUGAUCAAUUAGACGAGUGGCUAGUGAGGGGCCCCAAGAAGCUAACCAUUGAUGAUGAGACUGAAUUUGUUGACCCUCAGAUACUGAAAGGAGUUUUAGAAUCAAAGACCAUCUUUGACACAUUAGAUGAUGAGGAUUUAAGACAUGCAAGAUUCCGUAGCAAUCCUUAUGAAACUAUAGCUUCAGUGAUAUUCUUGAAUCGAGCAGCUGUAAAAAUGGCGAAUAUUGAUGCUGUGUUUGAUUUUAUGUUCACUAAGCCAAAGAAACAGAAUGGAGAGAGUGGUAUUGAUAAGAAAGAGAUAUUGUACUUUGCUGAUGUUUGUGCAGGCCCAGGAGGUUUCUCAGAAUAUGUAUUGUAUAGGAAAGGAUGGAGAUCAAAAGGAUUUGGAUUCACUUUGAAAGGACCAAAUGAUUUCAAGCUCUCUGAUUUUUAUGCUGGAACACCAGAAACAUUCAACCCAUAUUAUGGUGUGAAAGAUGAUGGCAAUGUAUUUGAUCCAGCUAAUUUAAUAUCCCUGAAAGAAAAUGUCUUGAAACACACUGAUGAUAAAGGAGUGCACUUCCUUAUGGCUGAUGGUGGAUUUUCAGUAGAAGGACAAGAAAACAUUCAAGAGAUACUUUCAAAGCAGCUGUACCUGUGUCAGUGUCUCGCUGCCCUAAUGUUAGUGAGGACAGGAGGACAUUUUGUUGUCAAACUAUUUGAUGUCUUCACAAUGUUUAGUGUCGGAUUGAUCUACAUUAUGUAUAAAUGUUUUGAGAAAGUCAGUAUUCACAAGCCUGUGACUUCACGGCCCGCCAACUCGGAAAGAUACCUUGUAUGCAUGUGGAAAAAGUUGGGAACUGAAUCAGCUGAGCAGCACCUGUUCUCUGUCAAUUCUACACUAUUUAAAGGAUCAGCUGAUGGCCAGGACAUUACAGAACUUGUACCCCUGCAUAUCAUACAAGAAGACCAAGGCUUUUAUGAAUAUAUCUAUAAAAGUAACUGUCUGUUAGGAGAAAGACAAAUUAAGAAUUUGCUCAAAAUUGCAGCAUUUAGUAAAGAUAAAAACUUAAAAGAUGAAACCCAGGCUGAGAUGAGGGAGCAGUGCUUAAAACUCUGGCAAUUGCCUGAUAAAGUGAGAACUCAACCGGAUCGUAUGAGCCACGAUGAUACAUUAUUAAGUAUACUGUCUCUCUUGAAGAAACCGCCACCGGAUUCACAAAGCGCAUCUGCAUUCAAAAACAACAUCCUUAGCGAACCGCCUGAGUAUCUACGGAACCCCAGAGACCUGGAGACAUUCAAAAGUGUCUACGACUGGCAUUUCAUGAUACUGGGCAGUGGCAUGAACAGUCCAGACUUAAGAUUCUUUUUAGGUUGUGGAGGCAAACAAGUUUAUCAAUUAGAAGGAAUUAGAUGGAAAAAUGUUGUAGAUCUCCAUGUCACGUUGCCUGCUAAAACACUGCUUUACGGAGAAGUAGUCAAAGAAUUUCGUGGGGAAGGCAGCAAGCAAGUGUAUAGCAAAGCUCUACAUGUUAUUGACGCUAUGGUUCUUGGCGGCAUCGAUAUCUCCCAUCUCCCACUGACUGAAAGGAUAAACCAAUGUGCAUUGUUCUGCACAGCCCUAGAAAAGCCCUUCGAUGCACAAGCUUUGCCUAUUAGAUCUAAACGAUUAUUUAAUAUGGAGUGUUUUUCUAUGGCUAUUAAUAAUUUGGAGUACAGAGCCAUGAAACGUGUCAAAAGGGCAGUCACAAUAAAAACUCCUAACAGAAACCAGGAUGACAUGUUCUAUGUUGUGGGAUCUCUACUCUUUAUUAAAGAAAUUAAAGAGCCGUGGGUGGCGCAAAUGUCAAAGUCCAGCGGCCAUAAGUACUACUUCUGUAUAGAAAAAAAGAAACCCCGCAGCGAAUAUUAUAUACCUGAAGAAGCGCGGUUGGAUAUGAUCAGCGCGUUCACAAGUCGCGUAAUGUGGCCUUGGGAGCCUUCAGCCAGCGCCAUCUUUGACGGGCAGCCGCAUGAAGGCCUAUCACGAGCUGACAUGGAAAAGUAUAUACUCCAUAAUACUACUAAGAGAUAGCUUGUAAAUAUUAUAUUAUACUCGAUUAUGAAUAAUAUUUUUGAAAAUAU